CAUCGUCAUGGUGCUCACUCUUGAUACAGUUGUCAUGGAGAUGGAGGAGCGCUCAGCAUCCACCGGUGGCAGUGUUACCAUGGAGAUCUUCACCACAGCAGAAGCCUCGGAAUUGAGUGAGUCUGCUCAACGUGCCAGCAGAUCUGCCCCCCAGGACAGAAACCACCGGAUCCUGAUCGUGAUCGGAGAGAUUUACAGCGAGGAUCACCUGGAAAAAUCCAGGAGAGAGAUUGCACUUGCUCUGCGGUCCUGGAGCGUUGGUGUUCUGGACUUGAACAAGGAGCUGCAGCUCUUCAAGAGCAGACACACCGCCCAGUUCUCGUCACAGGUCAGAGGUCAGUCUGAGCUCCUGCAUGUGUGGACAUGGUUAACACAGUCCUGACCGCUGAAACAUAACGAACUGAAGACGUUUUAAAAGCUGAAGCUGAACACCACUAAAAUAUUAGAAGAAAAAAAUGGCAAAUUAACUUAUUUGAAGUGUAGAAAUUGCUGCAAAAGUCCCAAUGAAUGUCAAAGAAGCUGAAAUAUUCAACCAGAAUGGCACAAAAAUGAGUAAACUACAGCCCAAAGAUGUAAACAAUGUAAAAAAUGCUACAAACCACAAAGUUGCUGAGGUGAAAACUUAUUUUUCAACCUUUUUUUUUAAAUGUGAUUAAAUAUAAAACGAAGGAGUUGCUUCAAAGCUAAAGUUAAAAAUGAUCUAAAGCUGAAAAAAAUUGCUGAAGUUCUACAUCUUUAAAAUGAUAAUGCAUUUUCUUUUCAUUUUCAAUAAGAACAAAACAGCUUUAUGCUUUAAAAUACAUGAAAGUAAAAAGAAAAAUGACGACGUAGGCAUCUAUGAAGGUGUUUUUCACUGCAAAACUACACUAUUAAGAUCACGACAAAUAGAAGAGCAAAUAAAACACAUUUGUAUAAAAAAGAUAUUACAUUUUAUGAAAAUCUAAACAAAAUUCCACAAGCUAAAACAAAAUAAAAAAAGCAAAACACAAUUCCCAAAAAGUGAAUCAAAAUAAAAAGGAAACAUUUUAGAAAACUGAAGUAAUUUCCAGAAAUCAAAGUGAAAUGUUUAAAAAUGAAACAAAACAUCAAACUGAUAAAGGUUUAUGGGACAUCUCUGAUUGGAGGAAGUUUGUUUACCUUUAUAACAGGAAGUGAUUUGGUUAUCUUCUGUCAGAAGACUCUUCUAUAAUCUUCUGUCCAGUGUCCACAGCUGCUGAUAAAGCUCAGUGAUUGUUCCAUCAACUGUUUAUCAGAACAUCCUUCUGCUUUCCUCUUCUUCACGACUCAAACAUAAUCAUCCAAUCAGUGAUGGCCUAUCACUGUAUAUAUAUAAUACCUAUUCUGGUUUCUUCUUCUCUGGUCUUUAACGUUCUGGAACUUACUUUUGUUUUCUGAAAUAUUAUUUUUACAUUU